AUAAUACGUUCAUGUGUACGUUUCCAGCAUGUGUGCCUUUAUCAGCGUUCAAAAUCAAUGCGCUGUCUCUUUAAGAAACUGCGUCGUUCGGUUUUUGGAUAACGUUAGUCAAGAGAGUCCGAUAUGGCGGAAUGGAAACACACUACCUCGCUUCCGUCCACAACAAGCAUGACCUCGCUGGGACGAGCUCUUUCUCGUAGCAGUUUAAGUCAGCCUGAUGUGUUUCAGUCACAGAAAUCUCUCAGCCGGUGCGCCGCGAGUCAGAGUCGCAGGAGGAUCUCGAGCAGCUCGGAGUCUCCUGACAUCAGCCCAAAUGUCGAGGCGAGGGUCCUGGUCAUAAACACCGGCGGAACCAUUGGAAUGACGUAUCAUAAUAACGUUCUGUCUCCAGAGCCGAAUGCUCUUGUUGGAACUCUACGCAAACUCCCAAUUCUGCAUGAUGAGCAGUACGCCCAACAAACCAGACUGUAUGAAUACUACAAGCCUCAGGAGAACACGCUGGUGCUGCCGAAGUCCACUCAUUCAGCUGAUCCUCUGUUUCAUGGACUGUCCAAACAGAAUAAGAGGAUUGUAUAUACAAUUUUAGAGUACUCUCCCCUCCUCGACUCCUGUAACAUGACCACAGAUGACUGGGCUACUAUUGGAAAAGACAUUGAGAAACACUACGAGCAAUACGAUGGUUUUGUCGUCCUGCACGGCACUGACACCAUGGCUUACACCGCCUCUGCCUUAUCCUUCAUGUGUGAGAAUCUGGGAAAGCCUGUCAUCCUCACUGGCUCACAGGUGCCCAUCUAUGAGAUGAGGAAUGAUGGGAGGGAUAACCUAUUGGGGGCUUUGUUGAUAGCAGGGCAGUUUGUCAUCCCUGAGGUUUGCCUGUAUUUUCAUCAUAAGCUGUACAGGGGCAAUCGUGUCACUAAAGUGGAUGCUGGAAGCUUUAACGCAUUUAACUCGCCAAACCUGCCGCCAUUAGCCAACGCAGAAGUCGACAUUAAAAUUAACUGGGACACUGUGUGGCGAGCCAAUACAACUGCCAAAUUCACUGUCCAAACACAAAUGAACCGUAAUGUGGGUCUCCUGCGACUCUUCCCAGGAAUCACUGCUGAUACAGUCAGGGCCUUCUUGCAGCCUCCUAUGGACGGGAUCGUAUUGGAGACCUACGGCAGUGGUAAUGCCCCUGACAACCGUGCUGACCUGCUGGAUGAGAUUCGUAAAGCGACUGAGAGAGGACUUAUCAUGAUCAACUGCACCCAGUGCCUCAGGGGCUCGGUCACAACCUCGUACGCCACUGGUCAGGCUCUGAGUGAUGCCGGUUUGGUCGCUGGGUGUGAUAUGACCCCAGAAGCUGCUCUUUCAAAACUCUCCUAUGUGCUGGCAAAACAAGACCUCAGUACAGAAGAGAAGAAGAAGAUGCUGAGUCGCAAUCUGCGUGGUGAGAUGAUAGCUGACCUGGGCGGGGCAAAGCUUUCUCUCAGCGACAGUCGCUUUAUUCAGGUUAUCGCCAAGUCCCUCAGCAUUAGCUGUAAAGAGGAGCUUGAAGCCAUACGGGAUGCACUAACUCCCACUUUGGUCUGCGUUGCUGCUAAGAUCGGAGAUAUUGAAGCUUUAGAGGCCAUAAGGGAAAUGGGCUCUGACUUGAGCUUGGCAGACUAUGAUGGCCGCACUCCUCUCCACAUCGCUGCAUGUGAGGGGCAUCUGAAAGUGGUGGAGUAUCUGCUGAGUAAAGGGGCCACAGUCUAUGCCAGAGAUCGCUUUGGUGAUACACCACUGCGCAAUGCUGUUCGCUUCAGGCAUAAGGAUGUUGUGAAGUUGCUGAGGAAGACUGGAGCUCAUUUUUCUCGGGAUGAAAUAGUUGAUGCUGGAACGGAGUUGUGCAGUCUUGCGGCGAGUGGCGACUUGGAAGGAUUGGAGAUUUGGCAGUUAGCUGGGGCUGAUCUGACCGUGACCAGUUAUGAUGGACAGACGCCCAUUGAAGUGGCAAGAGCCACUGGGUGUGAAGAGGCUGUUGAUUUCUUAAAACAGAUGGCUCAGUACCAAACUCAGCAUCAGACAGAUGAGGGUAAUGAGCCAGUAUUUGAGGAGAAUGAGGAGGAGAAUGGAGAGUUUAUCGAGUUUACUGCUUGUCCAAGAUCUUGAGGAGGCCGUCCUGCUAACUGUCACUUCCUGCCCUUAUCAUCCAUCCCGUUUCUUAUUUUUAGCAGACAUACAAUAGAUUUUCCUUACUUGGACAAUUAUACUCUUAAAGGGGUUAUAUGAUGCUAUUUUAAAAGUUCAUUAUUUUGAUUAUUAGUGUAAUAGAAUAGGAACUUUAAUGUUUUUUUUUUAUUUUUCACAUACUGAUACUGUACAUUAUUGCAGCCCCUCUAUUCCCACGCGCUCACAUCUGUGAUUGGCUAGCUGACCCAGUGCAUUGUGACUGAACAAACACCUAAAGCGUGUGUCGAAAAUUUAACACCCCUUACAAUAACUGCGAGUUUCAGCUUCUAAAGAAUUAAUAAACAAACAGUUAAUAAUAAUGUUGUCAGCUUUACCGUAUCAGUUCGUGUCCGGUUAUGAAAAUGCAGAUGAUUAACCAACUUUGCAAGUAAGACUUCAACAGAAUGUUUCACAGUGGUAUAAAUAAAUAUUUUUAAAUAAAUCGCCGAGUGAAAUGACUUGUUUUAGAAAUAUCUGGACUUCAAUCAAGGCGUUUUAGGCAGAUCUGGAUCAAUGUUUUCUGUUAAAUAGAAUAAAUGGCUUUGUGGGAGACUGUAAUGUAUCUGUUUGUAUAAAUGCACACUAAACAUUAAAAAGCAUCAUAUGACCUCUUUAAAGCAUGAAGAGCACAAGCCAUACUUUUUUAGAUCCGUCCCUCUAAAACAGUAAGCAAUCAGAUAUGAAUGUAUUGUGAUCUUGACAGUAAAACAGUCAUACAUACUAUUUAUGUACAAGCACAUUCACACUACACUACAGUAAAUGAUACUGUAACUACUAAUGUCAAACAAUAUAUAAUCAUUUGAAUAUUAUAUAUUUAUUGUUUAGAUGUAAAAUAAAUUAUAUAUAUAUAUAUAUAUAUAUAUAUAUAUAUAUAUAUAUAUAUAUAUAUAUAUAUUUGAAGCUGUCAGGACUAAUGACUGUUAUGUCUUCAUCCAGUGUUCUUCAUGUGUUCACAUACAUCAGAUUCAGUAUCACCUCAAUGUUGCCCACUUUAUGUGAAUGUAUUUUUAAUUGCAAAUACAGUUGUAAUUGCAAUGAAGAAUAAGAAUGGUUUUACUCUGUAUAUACAAAGAAGCAAACCAAUGCAAAACUGCAAAGCAAUUUUUUAUUGUCUGAUGUUUCAGAAAUUAUAAAUGUUGAGUUGUCUGUUAACUAAAAUAACCAAUUGCCCUGUGAGUGACUAUCAGAAACAGUGUUUGUAAGCCAAAAUGUAGUGGAAUGUCAUUGUUUUUCCUGUUCUUUAGUUUUGUUCUUUGUGAAAAUUAAAAACAUUAAAAUUAA